GGGGAUAACAAGCAUGGACUCUGACAGUGAAACCUCAAUCGUUAGUGGAACAACAAAGCACAGUGGAAACAACUCCCCAGAUCUGACAUUCAGCUUUCUAAAUAUGACAGGAAACAGGGUUCCUGAAGAGGAAGUUGGUGCUUGCGGUGAUGCCAAUUCUCCUAUAAUUCCCAUAGGAAGAUCAAAAUUUCGUAAUGUAAUUGAGGACCCUGUGUACUGCAGUCCCUUGAAGAAGAAAAGGCUGGCCAUACCUGAUGAGGAAUCAGACUCAGAAUCAUGCAUUUCCCAGUCCAUCCUUAUAAACUACAGACAGAAGGCUUUUACACAAGCUAUAACAUGUGAGGCUCAAGAUGGGGAACCAGUUGAUUGUCCAGUGUCACAGAAUAAAACAGGAGGACAUGACGAUUCUAACUCUGUCAAGCAUUUAGAAAAUAUGGAUGUUUGUUCACACGAUUCAGAUGUAACCAGACUUAACUCUCCAAAUAAUACACAAUUAGAACAUGAAAAUCAAAGAGAGACAGAAAAGAUAAGAGGGGGAGAACAGGACAGAACAAAACAGGGUGAAGAUGAGACAUGUGAUAUUCAGAUUUCCCAGUAUGGAGGAUCACAGCUUUUGUUUCCUGAUACCCAGAGUUCUACUAAAAGUUUGGAAAAGCAAGUAAUCCAGUGUUCCCAGACAUCAAGUGACAUGUCAACAGCUUCCAGUAAGCUCAAGAAUCUGGAUAGCAACUUGACUAAAGAGCAAAUGGUGGAGGCAUUCCUGAAAAUCAGAAAAAUCCAUACUCAAAUCGAAAAGAAUGUUAAAGACAAAAACAUUAAUGAAGAUCACAGAGAAAGCUUUGAGAAAAAGUUAGCUGUAGUGCACAAGUCCUUGAAGAACAUCAGUGAGAAAAUGAGUUAUGAAAAGGUCAAAAUAACAUUUGAUGUGAAGCAUUCGGUGAAAACCAUAGAAUCCAGAAACAAACUCCGAGAACAGAUGAAGGAUCUAACACAGAGGCAGAGUACCUUAAAGGAGUUGUUAGUGAAGCAAGCCGAGUUGACAAAACACUUAAAGCUAAACCCAGGCAAUCUAACAGAAGGCCUGUCUCAGGAACUGAAAACAAAGGAUAAGUCUAAAGCUUUUUCAAGUAAAGUUAAUGACUGGAUGAACAAAAAACAGGUUCCAAAGAGGAGAAAUUCUCUAAAAGAAUCUUCCAGUGUCCCUAAAACCAGUUCAGCAGUUGAAGAGUGCUCCAGUGGUGUGAAGGCAGUUUGGACAGUACCAAGAGAGAGGUCUGAAACAAAAAAUACAGGAAAUACUCAGGUUACUCAACCUAAGAUAAUACCAGCAGUACCACAGAAUGCUAAUAUCCAGGAAAAGACUUCAAAUGUGAAGCAACCAGUAGUUUCCAGAAAUAAAGUCCAAGUCCAUAGAACCCAGCCGCCGUCAGGUGUAAAUCCUCCAACAGUCAUUUAUUUGUAUCCCCAACUCCCAAACAGCAGUCUUUUAUCCAACAAAGGAAAAACAAAUACAGGAAUAAUGUCACAAACACAAAACACAGUGACAGUUCCUACUCCUCUAUUCUCUCCAAGUAGUACAAGGAAUUCAGCUCAAAUGAAGACUUCAUCCCAAACGUUUCGGAGACCAUCAGAAAUCAUAAAAUCACCACCUCUAUUCAACCCAGACUCUUUUCUAAAAAAAACUCUGAAAUCUCCCCCAGUUCAGCCUAAAAAUAAAUCCUCCUUCAAGUCGCCUCCCAUUUCUCUCCUGAGGUCUGUGGAGGAUAAGAACAUCUCCCCCAGCACUGUGUGUUCCAGUGACGUGUUUCCUGUGUCUUGUAGAGAGCUCGGUCGGAGGAUACAGGAAAGGAUCGCAAGUCAAAGAGAGGCUGAAUCCCAAAGAGAGGCUGAAUCUCAACAAGUCUCCCAAAUGUCUGCCACUUCAGAAGGAAGGAGAAGUGGAGAUGUGAUUUCUGAAGGGAAAGAUUUGGAUGGAGGGUAUAGACAAGAAACUCAAAGGAAAGCUGUUUUAGUCAAAAACCAAGCACAGGCUGACUCAGGAGCCAAAUCAAAUGCUGCAAACAUAUGUAUAACCUUGGAAGAAGGUGACAGUGAGUCAAGAUAUGAAAAGUUUGGUGGCCUAAAAUUUCCUUCUCUAAAAUCUCUGAUAGAUUUAGCCAUACUGUUCCCUGCAGAGGAUAUUCUGACUGUUCAGCAUUCGGGGAGAGUCUUCACAGCAUCCCUAACUAAUCAGGGUUACAUUGAGAGCAGGGGUGGGGAGAUCUUCACCACUCCAAUGAGAUGGCUCAGUGCUGUGAAGGCAGGGGAGAUAAUAAAGAAAGCACAAGCAUACAGAGAGGUUAUGUAUGAUGGUCAUUCACUCAAAAGUUAUGUAGAGGGAGAACAGAAGACUUCCCUACAAAAUAUCCAAGCAAAAGCAAAAUCUAACAACAACAAAAGCAAUGAGAUUGAAGUUCAUCAGGAAAUGGGCAAUUUAGAGACUGAGAGGCUCAUGACUGAUGAAGACCAACAGCUAGCUGAUUUGCUUUUUCAAUGUAAGAUUCAUUUGCUGGAUGAUUCAGACUUAGUUCCAAUGGAUGAUCUUCCUGAGAAUUUCUGGUGCAGUGAUUUCAGUAGCGUUCACCUGUCUCGUAAAUUCUGGAGUCAAGUUAAUGAUUGGGAUGAUUUAGUGCAACCUGCGUCACAAUAUUAAGCAAGUUCUCAAUCUAUAACAUACACAAAUUUAUUAAUUAAAAUACAAUUUAUUUUUGUACAUAAAUAUCACAGAAGGAAAUUGAAAGACAAUGGUAAUUUCUACGAACGGUAAUUUUUGGUGCUAAAAUCUAUGAUCUUGAAGAAUUAACACAAAACAGUUGUUUGAAAAACAAUAAAUUAAAAAU